AUGGCUGCGCACACGCCGCUGCCCCGCAACCUCCGCCGGGGCUUGGUGGCCUUCAGCGGCUCCCUCUUCAGCGACAACAAGACGCAGGACAGCGGCGCUGCCCAGAGGUGCAGCCCAGCCCAUGAGCUGCUGGCCAGCCUGCCCCUCCAGAUGAUGCUCUAUUUCAACGCCUGCUACUUCCCGGUGUGGUGCCUGGCAGAGGGGAUGAUGCUACAGCUGAAGUAUCACCUCCUGCCUGGCUACUACCAGUUCCUGCUGGUCACCACCUUCCUCAUCCUCUUGCUGGUUGAGGGCUCCCGCCUUUACCUGGGCUACAUGGGGAACCUACAGGAGAAGGUGCCUGAGCUGGCCGGGUUCCUCCUGCUCUCCUUCCUGAUCCAGCUCCCACUCCUGCUCUUCCUGCUGACGGACAGCAAGGUCCUGUGCCUGCCAUUGGAGCUGGCCGUGCACAGCCUGCUCCUGGCCUUCCUCCUGGCCGAGAUCGUGACUGCCUUCCUGGUGCUGCGCACCAUGAGCAAGCAGCUGGCGGCACAGUUCUACCUGCGGCAGUGGGAGGAGGGCAGCCGGGGUCUGCCAGGGCAGGCAGCCAGGGAAGGACCCUGCUGCAAGACUCCCCCAGUCCACGCUGUCAGCCCCUGCAGGGAGCAGCAUUAA